AGUUAAUACACUCUUUUGUACACGGUUAUGAAAUGUAAUGGAUUGGAAUAAGAAUACUUUAAAUAAUUCUUUUACCUUUUUUGAUUAUUCUGGUCUAAAUGAAAACGAAAUUAAUCAUGUUAACACUAUCUUAUAUCAUCAAUCAUUAGAAAUUGAACAAGAAUUUGAAUUCUUACCAAAUGAACAAAAUAAGGACGAAAAUUUAAUAUUUGAUACUUCAAAAGAUGCAGAUAGUCCACACUCAUUUGGCUUUACAUUUGUUACAGAAGAUGAAUGCCAUUCCUUUUCACAUUCAAAUCAACAGUCAGUUAAUGAAAGUCCUCAAAUAGAUUUAAAUCCAUCAAAUGUUAAGCCCACUUAUUGGUCAGGAUUAUUUAAAAAAUCAGACAAGACUACUGAAAAACCAAUAGAUGCAAAACCAAUGACAUUGAUUGACUCAGACUACCCCAUUUUAAAUAGUGUCAAAACCAAUGGCAUCUCCCCUAUUCAGAACCUUAAGGUUCCAAAUUCAAAAAUGACAGAGAAAAUUAUACCAAUCGAGAAAGAUAAUUUGAUACAAUCUCUUAAAGCUUUUCUUUCCAACUUACCUCUUCCCCUGACCAUCGCCGAAACGCGAUACGAAACUCCCAGACCACUGGUAAACGCUUCCAAUUGGUGCUACGUCAAUUCCAUUCUCCAAUGCCUUCUCAGCGUGCCGCCAUUCUUUACCCUCUUUUACCGUAUGGGGGAACAAAUAUUCGACCCAAAAUCCGUCAUUCACAACAAGCUAAUGAUCGGCGAUACAAAAGUGGGUGACGACGACCCCGAUGGUUUACACAGUAAUACCGCCGGCACCUCCAUACCCGUUAUCAAGGCCUUCUCCCGGUUUGUCUACCAAAAUUUCGAAGCCGUACGCGAAAAAACCGGGGAAACGGGGCACAGUGACAUGAACGGCGAUAACAUGUAUAAAGAUGGCGGCUCAGAUUUGUGCAAAAAACUCCCGAAAAAGAAUAAUGAUCCAAGCUCCACCAAUCCCAGUUUUGAACCCCGACAAAUCUACGAUAUUCUGCCUCUCUUCCAAUCAGAAUUUUCGGGAAGGCAAGAAGACGCCGAAGAAUUCUUAUCUUGUGUCCUAAACUCGUUGCACGAAGAAAUGAACCGAGUGCUAACUUUCGACGGUAACGGAAAAAUUUCCGACGCUCUUUUUCAGCCCGACGAUGCCGCCUUUUCUUGUACGGCGUCACCUGAUUCGUCCGAUUGGGAAACGCGAAUCGGUAAACGUAAAAACAAAAGCGCGCUCAUUCGGGAGUACAAAAUGGCCCCCAGCCCGAUUUUCGACAUAUUUGGUGGGAGCCUCUGUUCAACACUCCAACAUUCUUGCUGUAAAAAUUCCAACAAUUAUCAGCCAUUUUUCGUAUUACCGCUCGAUAUUCAAGACUCCAAGAUUAAAACAAUUCAAGAUGCCCUGCAUUACACGUUCGCCAAAGAAUACAUCCCCGAAUAUCACUGCUUCAAAUCUAAAAAACAAAUGGACGCUUACAAGCUACUCCAAAUUCACGAAUGUCCUCGCGACGUCCUUAUUUUCCAGUUCAAAUGUUUCGUGUACGAAGACAACGCCUCCAAAAAAUUGCUCAAAAAUAUCCAAUUUCCUCUCACAUUACAUCUCGAUAAAGAUAUUUUAUCCGCUCAAACUCAUCCGCUCACCUAUCGUUUGCGCUCUAUAGUGUGUCACGUGGGCACAUCUAUCGCCGGCGGCCAUUACGUAACUUAUUUCCGAAUCAAUGUCCCUGAUUCUCCGUCAAAAUAUCGGAAUAGUCAGAAGCCGGAAACCGACCACAAAACUCGAACAAGCAGCAAUGACGCCAACAACCACUCCUCAAAUAAAAACCAGAAAAAUUUAUUUGACGGUUCUUCAAAGGGCUCAGAUAAAUCGGUACCUAUGCCCAAUUCCCAUACGAAUUCGACGAAUGAGCGCGAAGUUUGGUGGUUGGCCGACGACUCCAAUCUCAAAAGAUGUGACAUAGAAUCCAUUCUCAAAAGAUUUAAUUCUUCUGGGGGAAAUUUUUAUAAUAACAAGCAUCAACAAAUCUCCAGUAAUUACGGCAAUUCGUCAACCAAAAAUGGGAACAAUGAGGGCCCUUGUACACCUUAUCUUCUUUUAUAUUCGAAAUAUUGAAAAAUUAAUCGCGUAUACAUAUUUUGUGAUACUUUUUUUUUAUAUAUACCUUCCCCAUAGUAUUAUUAGUAUUUUUUUUUGUGGAAUCAUUUCAAAUCAUGCUAUAUUUCUAACUGUUUUAAAAUACGAUUUCUCACAUGUUUUCAAUAGUACCCGAAUAUAUUUUUAUUAUUCAACAAAUUACUUAACCUUUCCAUAUACACUCGCUGGAUAAUAAAAAUUCGUCCUGAAGACAAAUCAUUUAAAACCAAAUUUUUAUAAUCUUUUAAUUUUCAACAGUGGGAAUAACUUCCGUAUUAAAUUAUUCGACAAACGCGAAUUAUUAUUUUUUUGUCGAACUUUAAAAUUAUGUUAUUUUUAUAU